AUGCUCCGCGCCUGCGGCGCCGCGGCUCCGGCGUCUGUGCCCGCCCUCGUCAGGGCGCGCCUCGCGAGGCCCGCCUCCGCCGUCGCCUCCUCCUCCGCCCUGGAAGAGCUCGCCGCCGACCGCAAAGGUUUGGCGAGGGUGGUACUAAAGAAGGGCAAGACUCAGAUAUUCCGAGAUGGGAGUCCAAUGGUCUACAGUGGUGCGGUUGAUAGAAUAAUUGGCCGACCUCCCCCAAAAACUGGUGAUGUUGUUUUGGUAGCUGAUGGGUCAGAGAAACCUAUCGGGUGGGGUGUCUAUAACUCCGUGUCUAUGUUUUGUGUUCGGCUAAUGCAACUAGAAGAAGAGGCAAAAAGAGAUCCAGCCUCUGCACUAAAUAUGGAAAGACUGCUCGAAGAAAGACUUUGUUCUGCGGUGGAUUUACGGCGUAGUUUGGGUUUCCCCUCAACUAAUACAAAUGCUUACCGUCUCAUCAAUAGUGAAGGCGACAGAUUAUCUGGUCUGAUAGUGGAUAUAUUUGCUGAUGUUGCUGUGAUUGCUUCAUCUGCUGCUUGGGUUGAGAAAUAUAGGCAACAAAUCCAGUCCCUUGUUAGCAAAGUUAGUGAUGUUAAACAUAUAAAGUGGAGGUCAUCAACUGAUAUUCUAAAAGAGGAAGGAUUAGAUAUGUCAGAACAAAAAGAACCUGCACCCUCUUCAUACUCUGGAACUGUGAAGGUUAUGGAAAAUGGCAUCGUCUAUCUAGUCUCUAUGGAGGGGCAGAAGACAGGUUUUUAUGCAGAUCAACGGGAAAGUCGCCACUUCAUAUCCACACUCUCGAAGGACCAGAGGGUUCUUGACCUUUGCUGUUACAGUGGUGGUUUUGCGCUUAGUGCAGCCAAGGGCGGUGCAACUAAUGUUACUGGCAUUGAUUCAUCAGGAUCUGCACUAGAUCUUGCCAACGAGAAUAUUCUUCUGAAUAAGCUUGAUGCUGAGAGAAUUUCGUUCUUAAAAGAAGAUGCAACUGCAUUCAUGAAAGGUGCUAUCUCAAGAAAUGAGCUGUGGGACUUGGUAAUCCUGGAUCCUCCAAAGUUGGCACCUCGGAAGAAGGUGCUACAAAGUGCAUCCGGUAUGUACAGAAGCCUGAAUGCUCUUGCAAUGCAAGUGGUAAAGCCAGGGGGGUUACUCAUGACAUGCUCUUGUUCUGGAGCUAUGACCCAAAGUGGUCUCUUCCUUAAAACCAUUCAGGGUGCUGCAUCAAUGGCCGGUCGAAAGGUUACGGUUUUACGUCAAGCAGGAGCAGCUUGCGAUCAUCCCAUUGACCCUUCAUAUCCUGAAGGCCAGUAUCUCAGCAAUUACUUACUCCGAGUAAUGUGA